AUGUCCCGCAUAACCUUUUCGGCCUCCGAGUUGAGAUCCGAUCAUGGUAACAGGGACUCACUAGAACUUGCGUCUCUCGCGUCCUCUUCUCCCGAAUCCAACCUCGACCUCUCCCGCUCCUCGUCCCCGUCCGGCAUCUCGUCAUCGCGCAAGCUCUCACUAGAAGACGAGGACCCCCUUUCUAGCUCCAGCCUACAUGCGAAUCACGAAUCCUCACGGCCACGCUCCGCUCGAUCAUAUUCUGUUUCCUCCGCAUUCGAUUUUGGGAGGAACUUGUUUCCCCUGUCUCAAACCGCUGGAGGUUAUGCGCCUCUGGGCGCGCCGUCUGCACUUGACCGAGAAACAGGCCUUGGGGAUGGUUCUCUAGAAAGAAAUAAGACAUUGACGUAUAUUAAUGGUCUCUCCUUGGUUGUGGGACUCGUUAUCGGCUCGGGAAUCUUCUCGUCUCCGAGCCAAGUUAAUGCCAAUGCGGGAUCCCCUGGUGGUGCGUUGAUCGCAUGGCUAGUUGCAGGCUUACUGGCAUGGACUGGAGCAGCUAGUUAUGCAGAGCUAGGCGGCGCUAUUCCGCUGAAUGGUGGCGCCCAGGCUUACCUCUCAAAAAUCUUCGGGGAACUGGCUGGAUUCCUGUUCACCUGGUGUGCUGUUUUGGUACUCAAGCCUGGUAGCGCGGCCAUUAUCUCAAUCAUAUUCGGGGAAUAUGUUGUUCGCGCAAUAGUUGGCGCCGAGGUCGAACAGAUCAGCCCUUGGAUAAACAAGGGUGUAGCCUUUGGGGGUCUCUUCGUUGUGACUUGCCUCAACUGUUUAUCCACUCGACUUGCUGCCCGGAUCGGUGACCUUUUCAUGUUCUUCAAGUUUGUGGCGUUGCUAGGUGUUACCAUUAUUGGGAUCAUAGUUGCUGCGACUGGUCUGUCUUCAAAAGGAAAUGCCAGUGAAGAGUGGAAAAUCGGCUGGUUUGAGGGCACAACCACGGACAUUUCCGGCUGGGCUAUGGCCCUAUAUGCAGGACUCUGGGCGUUUGAUGGUUGGGACAAUACAAACUACGUGACAGGCGAAUUCAAGAACCCGAAUCGUGACCUUCCGCGCGUGAUUCAUACGGCAAUGCCGCUUGUUAUAGUAUCCUACUUGCUCGCCAACAUCUCCUACUUCUUCGUCUUGCCUCACUCAACUAUCGAAGCCAGCAAUACCAUUGCGGUACAGUUUGGCGACAAGGUCUUUGGGAGCAUAGGGGCUUUGAUAUUUGCUUUGAUCGUUUCUGCGAGCUGUGUUGGAGCUCUAAAUGCGACCAUAUUCACCAGCGGACGACUUGUUUACGCCGCCGGGAAGGAGGGCUAUUUGCCUUCACUAUUUGGGAACCUCUGGACUCAAGGCUCGACUACCACCAGUAUGAACAGGCUCCAGCACCGGUCUUGGGCAAACAAGCUCGUAUUCCGUCUCUUCGGCAACGAAACGUGGAUCGGAUACACGCCCAUCAACGCCAUGGCUUUGAAUAGUGUGCUUACACUGGUGUACAUUGUCGUUGGCGAGUUCAAAACUCUGGUUACAUUUUACGGCGUCGCAGGAUAUACGUUUUACUUCCUUACAGUCCUGGGUCUCAUCGUCCUUCGUGUCCGCGAGCCGCAUCUAGAGCGGCCUUACAAGACCUGGAUCUCGACGCCGAUUAUCUUUUGUUGCGUUAGCCUUUUUCUUCUGAGCCGCGCUAUCGUCGCCGAACCGCUACAGACUCUCAUUGUGAUAGCAUUUAUCAUCGCCGGUGUUCCUGUAUACUUUUGGCGCAUCUAUAAGCGAGACGGGCAAAAGGCGUUUCGAGGGUGGAAAUUUUGGCAAGCACGAUGA